AUGAGACUUAAAAUAAUUAUCCAUUACCAGAAUAAUUCAACUGAAAACAUUUUGCUAUACACCAAGCCUCUUUAAACUAUAGAAGAUUUAUGCAACUAUAUAUCCAAAACUUGCCAUAUUCAGAGUCCUUAAAUUUGGAUUGAAGGGUUUAGAGUAUUGAAUGAUUAAAUUGUUGAGAAUAUCGUUACAAACGGUGAAAUUAUACAGUAUUUUUGUUAAAUUAUUUAAGGAUUGUCGAAGGAAUUGGAUCAUCAAAUAAAGCGGCAUAAAAAGAGACAAAAGUAAGAUAGAAGCAAAUAAAUCAAGUAAUUAACUUAUAUUACUUAUCUAUUCUAGAUUUAAGACAGCAGCAGUCAAGAAGAUGAUAAGCAAGUUUAAAAAAAGUAGCCUGUAAUUCAAGAUCAAAACUAAAAGUCGUAGCAUAUAAAAUCUAAUCUAAUUGUUCAACCUGGUUAGUUUUCCUCAAAAUCUUCAUUAAAAAUGAAACCAAAAAUACAGAAAAUAAUUUCUUAAUCAGAGUCUUCCUCUGAAGAUGUUCCUAUAAAAAAACCAUAAACACAAAACAAAAUGUCAAUUGCAAUAUCAACCCCGGGGGAUGAAUUAAAAAAAAGUUAAGAAGAAUGGAGAAAAACUUUUAUUAAAGGCGCCUAGAAAACAACAGAGCAAUAGACAUCUCAAUAAAAUAAAUUUAAUGUUAAAUUUAACCCUAUUUAAUCUAAUGCCUUAUAAAAUCCUGUAAAUUAAACUCAAGAAAGAAAAUAGUAAUAAAUUGGUUAAGCCACAUAAAAUACAAAGUUAAACGAAUAUAUUAAAUUACCUAUAUCCCAUAUAAAGGAUGACCCGACUUUAAUUGAAAAAAAUGACGAAGUACUUUUUAAGUACAAUUAUCUAGAUAUUGAACUAUGUUAACCUACUGUGAGUAACUUAUUAUAAGGAAAGGUUUAGGACAACUUGCAAAAAGAUAAAAAAUUAAUAAUUUAAACAAAAUAAGGCGAUAUAUUAUCAAUAUAUUAUAGUGAAAUCUAAGAAUUGCAGGUUAAUCUAGCAACAAUUUAAUCAUAAACGAGAAAAUUGGCAAUAAAAGUUUUAACAUAGGAUGAAGGUAGUAAAUAGUAAUAAUAAUAAUAAUAAUAAUAAUAAUAAUAAUAAUAAUAAUAAUAAUAAUAAUAAUAAUAAUCUGCUAAUAAUAAUUUCUCACAAUAAAAAAAAGAAGUUAUAGAUCCGUUUGGAAUUGGCUAAUAAAUUAAUUAUUAUUAUAGUGAUAAGAACUAUUCAAAAGAUGAUUUUAUUUUAUAACACUCAGCUUAAAAUUCUGAAAAAUGUAAUUAUUAUUUUAAUUUAUAGUUAUGCUAUUUAAAUUAUUAUUGAAUUUUCCAAAAGUUAAGUCAAAAAUUAAAAAUGAAGAUGAUUUGUUUGACAUUGUUGAAUUAUUCCUAAGAAAAACUUAGUAAGAUUUGGUGAAUUUUGAAAUAAAGAAAAAUGAUGAGGGAUAAUAUAUGAUCAGAAAGAAGUAAAUUUAAUGA